AUGUCAUCUACUAUGAAUGACGAUGAAUUUAACGUUCAAAAAAGUAAAUUUUCGGCGUAUGAUCGUCUUAGUUGUGAAAAUUCUCCUAUGAAUAUGUCACCAUGGAACCAAAGUUGUAAUUUAAAUGCUAUAAAUGAUGAUGAUGAUGAUGAUGACGAUGCUACGAAAAAUAAUCAUAAAAUUUGUUUAAUUGGUUCACUUGUACGUGAAGAAGGACAUAUUUAUUCUUUAGCUACAAAAAAUGAUCUUCUUUAUACAGGUUCUGAUAGUAAAAAUAUACGUGUAUGGAAAGAUAUGAAGGAAUUUUCAGCUUUUAAAUCAAAUAGUGGACUUGUUAAAGCUAUUAUUAUUUCUGGAGAUAAGAUAUUCACCGGUCAUCAAGAUGGAAAAGUUCGUGUUUGGAAGGUACAACCUAACAACCCUAGUAGUUUCAAACCUGCUGGAACUCUACCAACAUUCUUUGACAUUUUCAAGGCUUCAAUUAGGCCAAGCAAUUACUUCAUGUCAGCAAAACACAACAAAGCUUCAAUUUGGAUCAAACAUUGGGAUGCAAUAUCUUGUUUAAGCAUGGACCAUAAUCAUGGCCUAUUAUACUCUGCAUCAUGGGACAGAACAUUCAAAGUAUGGAGAGCAGACAGUUCAAAAUGUCUCGAAUCAGUUAAAGCACACGAAGACGCUGUUAAUUCAGUCGUAGCUAGUGCUGAUGGCGUUGUCUAUACCGGUUCAGCUGAUGGUACUGUCAAGAUAUGGCAAAGAGAGUUCACACCAAAGACGAUACGACAUGUUUUGGUUCAAACACUUUUGAAUCAGGAGUGUGCUGUGACUGCUUUAGCAGUUAACAAGUCUGGUUCUGUUGUGUAUUGUGGUUCAUCAGACGGUGUUGUGAACUUUUGGGAAAAAGAGAAGAAGAAUUGGACACAUGGUGGUGUACUAAAGGGUCAUAAGUUGGCUGUGUUGUGUCUUGAAUCAGCUGGGAAUCUUGUGUUUAGUGGAUCAGCAGAUAAGAACAUUUGUGUUUGGAGAAAAGAAGGUUGUGUUCAUACAUGUUUGUCUAUGUUGACAGGACAUAAUGGACCUGUGAAAUGUUUGGCUGUUGAACAGGAUAAAGAGUCAACAACAAGUGAUAAAAAAUGGGUACUUUAUAGUGGGAGUCUUGAUAAGUCUGUCAAAGUUUGGAGUGUUUCUGAAAUGGCACCAAUUAUGCACAAUGGAGAUAUUCAAUAGAUGUUGCAAUUUGUCUAUGUUGCUUAGACUCUGAAA